CAGCGCACGCCAUUCCACGACUUCUGGCACUUCAAAAAACACCCAUAGAAUAAACAGAAUAUGCUCAGGCCCCGCGGAUUCACAGCCCUCCCCCGCGCGUGGCCUUCCCGCGCAGCCUCGUCGUCCGUAGCUGCGGCAUACUACCCCUCCGAGCCCGUUGCACCCAGCCUCGUCACGGCCUCAGUGCCUGGCCCCAAAAGCAUCGAGCUCAACCAGCACUUGGGCGCCGUGUUCGACAACCGCGCGUCGUACUUUGUCACGGACUACGGCCGCUCCGUGGGGAACUACAUCUCCGACGCCGACGGCAACCAGUUGUUGGACGUGUACUGCCAGAUCUCGUCCAUCGCCUUGGGCUACAACAACCCCGCGUUGCUCGCCACGGCCGCGUCCCCACAAAUGGCCAGCGCCCUCGUCAACCGGCCCGCAUUGGCGUGUUUCCCGCCGGCCGACUACGGCCGGAUCUUGCAGGACGGGCUCUUGGCCGCCGCGCCCCCCGGCACCAACAAGGUGUGGACGGCGCUUUCCGGCUCGUGCGCCAACGAAACCGCGUACAAGGCCGCGUUCAUGUACCAGGCGGCGCGGCGGCGCGGCUCGCUGGACUUCACGGACGAGGAGUUGACGUCGGCCAUGGAAAACCAGCCGCCGGGCGCGCCCGACAGGGCCAUCUUGUCCUUCGACAAGGGCUUCCACGGCCGCUUGUUCGGGUCGUUGUCCACGACACGGUCCAAGCCCAUCCACAAGUUGGACAUUCCGGCGUUCAACUGGCCCAAGGCGCCGUUCCCGGCGUUGCAGUACCCGUUGGCCGAGCACGUGCGCGAGAACGCCGAGGAGGAGGCGCGGUGCUUGGCCGAGUUCGAGCGCAUCGUGCGGCUGCACCCGCCCCACUCCAUCGCGGCCAUCGUGGUGGAGCCCGUGCAGGCGGAGGGCGGCGACAACCACGCGUCGCCCGCGUUCUUCCAGGGCUUGCGCGCCUUGACCUUGGAGCACGACAUCCUCAUGAUUGUCGACGAGGUGCAGACCGGCGUGGGCGCCUGCGGCAAGUUCUGGGCCCACGAGCACUGGGACUUGGCCGUGCCGCCGGACAUGGUCACGUUCUCCAAGAAGUUCCAGGCCGCGGGCUUCUACUUCUCCGACCCGGCCUUGCAGCCGGCACAGCCCUACCGCCAGUUCAACACCUGGUGCGGCGACCCCUCCAAGGCGCUCCUUGCACGCACCAUCUACCAGGAGAUCACGCGGCACGACCUCGUGGCCCGCACCGCGCAGGUCGGCGCCUACUUAUACGGGCAGAUGGAGCAGAUGUUUGCGAGGCACCCGGCCGCGGUGCACAGCUUGCGGGGCGAGAACUUCGGCACGUUCAUAGCGUGGAGCUGCGAAAACCCGGCCAAGCGCAACGAGUUGUUGAUGCGCAUGCGGUCCGUGGGCGUGAACAUCGGCGGCUGCGGCAACCACAGCGUGCGCUUGCGGCCGUCGCUUGUGUUUGAGCGGGCCCACGCGGACGUGUUUUUGGAGGCGCUCGAGUACUCGUUGCGGGCGCUCUAGGCCAAUGGUCCGGAGAGGGUCCGGAGGAUGGCCCUGGAGAAUGUCUGGAGAAUGUCUGGAGAAUUUCGGGAGAAUUGUGUC